AUGGCAACAGUGAAGCAUAAGAUACUGAUUUUAUCUGGCAAGGGUGGGGUUGGCAAGAGCACAUUCUCUGCUCAACUCUCAUUUGCACUCGCAGCUAUGGAUUUCCAAGUGGGUCUGCUUGAUAUUGACAUAUGCGGCCCAAGCAUCCCCAAGAUGCUUGGCCUAGAAGGCCAAGAGAUUCAUCAGAGUAACAUUGGCUGGUCUCCUGUCUACGUUGAGUCCAAUCUUGGGGUAAUGUCGAUUGGGUUCAUGCUUCCCAACCCAGAUGAACCUGUGAUUUGGAGGGGCCCACGCAAGAAUGCGUUAAUUAAGCAAUUCCUGAAAGAUGUUGAUUGGGGAGAACUUGAUUUUCUUGUGGUUGAUGCCCCUCCUGGGACUUCAGACGAGCAUAUUUCUAUUGGACAAUUCCUCCAAGCGGCUGGAUUAGAUGGUGCUAUCAUAGUGACCACCCCACAACAGGUGUCUUUGAUAGAUGUCAGGAAAGAAGUGAAUUUCUGCAAGAAAGUUGGGAUAGAGGUUCUUGGCGUCGUUGAGAACAUGAGUAGCUUAUGCCAACUAUUGUCAGAUUUCAAAUUCUUGAGGAUGACAGAUGCAGGUGAGCAAAAUGAUGUGACUGAGUGGGUAUUGGAGUAUAUGAGAGAGAAAGCCCCAGAAUUGCUAAAUUUGGUCGCUUGCAGUGAAGUCUUUGAUAGUAGUGGUGGCGGCGCUACAAAAAUGUGCAAGGAUAUGGGUGUUCCGUUUCUUGGGAAGGUGCCAUUGGAUCCUCAUCUAUGCAAAGCAGCCGAAGAAGGUAGAUCCUGCUUCACUGAUAGCAGAUGUGGGGUGAGCGCUCCUGCGUUGAAGAGGAUCAUAGAGAAACUGGUGGCAAGUGAAAUGAUGUCAAGAAUGGAUAAUGGUGCCUAG